ACAGUGACGGACCCUGAUGGUCGCUGGGACGACAUACAAACUGUGCAGCAAGUGUGCGCUUGAGUCUGCAUCGCCACGCCAGAAGCUCCAGCCCACAGACAGGCACUGCAGGAGAUCCAGGUUGCCAUCUGCACACUGGGAGCCACAGAGGGCCCUGUUUUUUUUUUUUUUCAAAGCUCCUCCUUGUUGGCUGAAACCAGAUACCGUAUCUGGCGAAUUUUCAGGAUUGGGGACAGUUAUUUCCCCCCUGUUCAUCAUCACUAAGAAAGAAUAUAUUUUCAGUAAAAAUGAUGGAGGAUCACCUGACGAAGAUACCCAUGGGGCCGUCCUGUUCCCCCACUGAGUUGAUUGGGAGCGGUGGGACGGACGACAGCAGAGGAGCCAAGAGUCCAGCCCCUGGCAAAGCCCUCAGCCCUGCUCUGGUCUGCAAAGUGUGCGGCGACACCAGCAGUGGAAAACACUACGGCAUUUAUGCCUGCAAUGGCUGCAGCGGCUUCUUCAAACGCAGUGUGAGGAGGAGACUCAUUUAUAGGUGUCAGGCAGGCACGGGCAUGUGCCCAGUAGACAAGGCUCAUCGUAACCAGUGCCAGGCGUGCCGGCUAAAGAAGUGCCUGCAGGCGGGCAUGAAUAAAGAUGCUGUGCAGAAUGAGCGGCAGCCCCGCAGCACAGCUCAGGUGCGUCUGGACUCCAUUGAUGUGGACCAUGAGAAGGAGCACCUGGCCACCACGCGGGAGCCCACUUCCUCCUCGUCCUCUUCCUCAUCUUCCUCUUCAAGUGGCUCUGUCAUCGCAUGGCCACACAUCACCUCGUCCAUAGCCAUCACCUCUUCCGUGCCCCCCCAACGCUGUGUCAGCCCUCAGAACAACCACCGCUUCAUGGCCAGCCUCAUGACGGCCGAGACCUGCGCCAAGCUGGAGCCCGAGGAUGUCGACGAGAACAUUGAUGUGACCAGCAACGAGCCGGAGCGAGCGUCCUCGGAGUACCACAUGGCAUUUUACCCGCCAACCUCGGAAAACGUGUAUGAGACCUCGGCGAGGCUCCUCUUCAUGUCGGUGAAGUGGGCCAAGAACCUGCCAGUGUUUUCCAACCUACCCUUCAGAGACCAGGUGAUCCUACUUGAGGAGGCGUGGAGCGAGCUCUUCCUUUUGUGCGCGAUCCAGUGGUCUCUACCGCUGGACAGCUGCCCCCUGCUCUCCCUGCCAGACCUGUGCCCAGGCAUGCAGGGCAAGACCAGCUACACGAGCCUGGACCUGAGACUCCUGCAGGAGGUCUUUAGCCGCUUUAAGGCCCUCGCCGUCGACCCCACGGAGUUCGCCUGCCUCAAGGCUACUGUGCUCUUCAAGCCCGAGACCCGUGGUCUAAAAGAUCCAGAACAAGUGGAGAACCUUCAGGAUCAGUCGCACGUGAUGCUGGGACAACACAUCCGGUCUCACUACCCCAGUCAACCAGCUAGGUUUGGAAAGUUGCUUCUUCUUCUCCCGUCGCUACGAUUUGUGAACUCUGAGCGCAUUGAGCUACUGUUCUUCCACAGGACCAUCGGAAACACUCCAAUGGAGAAAUUGCUGUGCGACAUGUUUAAAAACUGAUUCUGAUACCAGUUUUCCAGCCACUACCAGUAUGGAGGAAGGAUAAUUGGCAGAUUGCUGCUUUGUAAACGAUUUAAGGUUCAUUUUAAGGUCACUUUGUUUAUUUGUUUGUUUUCUCUUGCCAUGCCACACCAUCAUGCUUGCUGUUGCUUGUAUAUGAUUUAUAAUUUGAUUUCUGUGUUACGCAACCAAUAUCACAGUCAUCUGUGAUAGUCAAGUGUUUUUCUAUUGACGUCUUACACUGAAUAUUGCAUUGCACAUGUUAAUUUACUUGGUUGAUAGAUGAAAUGUAUAUUCAGCGUGAGUGUAUUUUCAUGUUGUCAUGCCUUGAUAAAGAAACAGUAACAUUUUC